AUGACAGAAAAGAAAAAGAGUAAAAGUGUGACUAUUUGUGGAUACCCAUUGAGUAUCUUUUUUAUUGUGGUGAAUGAAUUCUGUGAGCGCUUCUCCUACUAUGGCAUGAGAGCCGUGCUUGUUCUAUACUUCAAGUUCUUUCUAAAGUGGGAUGAUGACUUUGCCACAACUAUCUACCACACCUUUGUUGCGCUCUGUUACCUCACGCCGAUCCUGGGAGCCGUCAUAGCCGACUCAUGGCUUGGCAAAUUUAAGACCAUUAUUUACCUGUCGAUAGUCUAUGCAGCUGGACAGAUCGUGUUGGCGGUGAGUGCCAUCCAUGACAUCACAGAUAAUGAUAGAGACGGGGUUCCUGAUAACAUGACCUUUCACGUAGCGUUGUCUAUGGUGGGUCUGAUCCUCAUUGCUUUGGGCACAGGAGGAAUUAAACCAUGUGUGGCUGCGUUUGGAGGAGACCAGUUCACCGAGGACCAGGAAAAGCAGAGGAGCACGUUCUUCUCCAUCUUCUACCUGUCGAUCAACGCUGGCAGUCUGCUCUCCACCAUCAUCACCCCCAUCUUCAGAGCGCAGAAAUGUGGGAUCUACACCAAACAGCAGUGCUACCCUCUGGCCUUUGGGGUCCCGGCCGCUCUCAUGGUGGUGGCCUUAAUUGUGUUCAUUGUUGGAAGUGGCAUGUACAACAAGACAGCCCCUCAGGGAAAUAUCCUGGUCAAAGUGUGCAAGUGUGUUGGCUUUGCCAUCAAGAACCGCUACAGGCACAGAGCUUCCAGCUACCCAAAGAGAGAGCACUGGAUGGACUGGGCAGAGGAGAAGUAUGAUAAACUUUUGAUUGCUCAGGUGAAAAUGGUUCUGAAAGUGCUCUUCCUCUACAUCCCUCUCCCGAUGUUCUGGGCACUGUUUGACCAGCAGGGAUCCAGAUGGACGCUUCAGGCCAUAACCAUGAAUGGAGACUUUGGGGUCUUUGUUGUUCAGCCUGAUCAGAUGCAGACCGUCAACCCAAUCCUAAUCCUUGUCCUGGUGCCCAUCAUGGACAGUGUUGUGUAUCCACUGAUCGCAAAAUGCAACUUAAACUUCAGCCCGUUGAAGAGAAUGACCGUGGGGAUGUUCUUGGCAGCUCUCGCAUUUGUUGCUGCUGCUCUGGUGCAGAUACAGAUUGAUGCCUCACUUCCCAUUUUUCCAACCAGCACUAUUUCACAGGCAAAGUUUAUUAACAUGAUGAAUGAGAAUGUGGAAGGGACUGCAGGGGAGUUUGAGCUCGGUCUGGAGCCCUAUAAGGCCACGCCCAAUUAUCUGGAAUUCUCCAACUCGUUUCCAUUGACACUGAAUGGAACGACUUACCCGACCAGCCUCGCCGCCGGCUCACGAAACACUUUGGUCAUAAUCAAGGAUGGUGUUUCACCCAGAGCAAUUCAGUUCAGUGACGUCACGGCCAAACCAGACGAGGGCAAGAAUGCUAUCAGAUUUUUCAAUGGGUUUGGCUCCCCACUUAACAUAACAAGUUCAGCGGAAUAUGGAGACAUUGGGGCCAACAACAUGUCUAAAUAUCGCAAUGAACAGUACGGAAAAGUGCAGUUCACAAUCCUGAAUGAGAUGACCAUGGCAAACUGCAUCUACGAGCAGACGCUGGACUUCGGCAGCUCCUACACUCUGCUCAUCCCUCCAACACUCCAAUUUGAACCCAUGUGCGAGGGAAUCGUACCAAUCUUGGACAUCGCACCCAACAGCGUCCACAUGGCCUGGCUCAUCCCUCAGUACUUCCUCAUCACGGCUGGAGAGGUGGUCUUCUCCGUUACUGGGUUAGAAUUCUCCUACUCUCAAGCUCCAAGUAACAUGAAGGCCGUGCUGCAAGCUGGUUGGUUGUUAACCGUCGCCGUUGGCAACAUCAUAGUGCUGAUUGUUGCUGAGGCGGCCACACUUCCUGAUCAGUGGGCAGAGUACAUCCUGUUUGCGUCGCUGCUGGUGUUGGUGUGCAUCAUCUUUGCCGUCAUGGCUUACUUCUACAGCUACAUCGACCCGGCCAAGAUAGAAGCCCAGUUUGCCGAGCCGGACGACGAGAAGAAGAGGAGAAGUCUGGAGAUGGGGAGAAAGGACUCUAUAGAGCAUCGAGAUGACAAGAGGCGGUUGUCAGAAUCCAACGCCAUCCAGACCAAGAUGUGA